AUGACUUCCGUUCCCGCUACCGCCGUCGCCUGUGUCUACGAGGGCGUUGGAAAGGACAUCAAGAUCGACGAGAAGCACCCCGUCACGCAGCCACAGGACCUGAAGGCUGGCGAGGUUCUCGUCAAGCUCGAGUACUCUGGCGUUUGCCACAGCGACCUCCACCUCUGGAAAGGCGACUUCCCCUUCCCUCUCCCCUUCCCGCUCAUCGGUGGCCACGAAGGCGCCGGCCGCAUCGUCGCCAUCGGCGAAGGAACCGACACAUCGCUCAAAGUCGGCCAGCCCGUCGGUGUAAAAUGGGUCGAAUCGACCUGCAUGGACGUCGGCUGCGGGUUCUGCAGCGGCGGGAUGGACCAGCACUGCCUCAAGGCGAAGAUGUCGGGAUGCAUGGUCGAUGGAACCUUCCGCCAGUACAUGGCGAGCAGCGCCAAGUAUGUCACGCCCAUUCCGGAGAACUUGCCGCUCGAGUACGCAGCUCCUGUUCUGUGUGCCGGCGUGACGAGCUGGGGCGCGCUUAAGCGCUCGAACACGAAGCCCGGCGACUGGGUGACCAUCUCUGGUGCAGGCGGAGGACUCGGUCACCUCGCAGUCCAGUACGCGUUGGCGAUCGGCUUGCGAGUAGCCGCCAUCGACACAGGCGCCGAGAAGCGCAAGUUGCUCGAGUCUUACGGCGUCGACAAAUUUAUCGACUUCCGCGACUACAAGGAUGCGAGCGAAAUCAUUGCGGCUGUCAAGGAGACUUGUGAUGGACUUGGACCGCAUGCGCGUCCGCUUGCGAGCUUGACGAAGCCGCUUCUGACUGAAGCACUCCAGUUCCUCCGACCUCGCGGCACGCUCGUCGCCGUUGCCCUCGCGUCGAACACCAAGAUCGAGGCUGAGCUAUUCGGCUUCAUCGGCAAAGGCCUCACGAUCGUAGGCUCGUACGUCGGCUCUCGCAGCGACGCACUCGAGGCUCUUGACUUUGUCGCGCGCGGAAAGGUCAAGCCGCAAGUCGUCGUCAAGCCGAUGCGCGAGAUCCAGCAGGUCCUCGAGACGCUCGAAAAGGGCCAGGUCGACGGUCGACUCGUGCUCAAGUUGCAGGACUAG